GGGCAACGUUAAUGCGCAACAUCCUAUAAUUCAGUCAAGACAGGAAGCAGAACAAUCGCCAAUAUCACUGUGCCACAACGACCAGCUACAUAAGCCUCCGCAUGGAUUUUUUGAGCGAUCCUCGGACCUGGAAACCGUCUUUCCCAUAGUCCUGAUCCUGAUCUUAUACCUUCUAAAAUGGAAUUCCACCGAAUGAUCAAGUCCAUCGCAAGACCUUUGUCGGCAUCCCAUAGCGCCGCCGCCGCAGCGUCGCGGCGGCGACGCAUCCCCAACCGGGAUCGAUAGCCAGUCGGGGGUGAAAACAAACAUGGCGGACACGGAGUUCGAGGAGUUCAGGCACACCUUCGAGAAGUUACAGCAACAACACGCCAGAAAUACCGCGCCAUUUUAUUCCCUGGUCCACGGUGUGGACGAAGAAGACUCGCCCACUUCUUCCAAGAGCGACCUAGAAACAGACUGUGAUACGAAUGCCGCGGCAGCAGGUGGGCCCAGUGGGAUCGAAGCGCCCUCUACAAUCCGAAGACAAUCCGACGGGCAGGACGUCACUUCCGGCGUGGGGGUGGGAGUGGGACCCCCUUCGUGGCCGCAGAGCGCCGCCUCUGGCAGCAACGGAGAAAGGCGCCGUAGGAAGCUGCCGGAAAUACCCAAGAAUAAGAAGUCUGCAGUAGUAACAAUGUAUAAUGCACAACAACAACUCUCCCGAGAGAUCUCCCUAGCAGACGAAAUGGGUAGCUCCAGUAGCGGACCAAGCUCAAUCUUAGUAUUGAAAUGUGGAUACUUGUGGGAUGACUCCCCAGAAUCUGAUAGAGUAUUGACUGAUGCGGACAGCGGUCACAGCACAGCGCAUUCGCCUUCAGGCACGGACGGCCCCAAAUCGAUGUCCCCGAUUUUAGGGGCCGGUAUCCUAGGGGCAGCCCCCUCUUGCUUCGGGGACUCGGCCGAUUCGUUGGAAGCGACUCAUCGAGGCUUGCACAGGUUCGUGCCGAGGCAUCCGGACGAGAUCGACGUCGAAAUCGGAGACCCGAUUUAUGUGCAGAAGGAAGCCGACGAUCUUUGGUGUGAAGGUGUUAAUUUAAGGACUGGAAGAAUUGGAAUAUUUCCAUCGGCAUAUGCUGUUGACUGUGAUUAUAGUGAUUGGGAUACUACCUGCGAACACGGAAGAAGAGAGAGAUAUCUUUUAGGAUAUAUUGGAUCGGUAGAAACAUUAGCCCACAAAGGGACAACUGUUGUAUGUCAGGCUGUGAGAAGGGUCAUUGGUACUUCUGGGGCGGAGCCCGAAAUUCAACCUUGUACAUUAGAAGUUUCUGACCAAGGCCUGCGCAUGGUGGACAGACGGAAAAGAAAUCAAAGUGAACCAUGUAUCGACUACUUCUAUUCCUUGAAAAAUGUAUCCUUCUGCGCAUUUCAUCCAAGAGAUCAUCGCUAUCUAGGUUUCAUUACGAAACAUCCUACUUUACAAAGAUUCGCCUGUCAUGUAUUUAGGGGGCAAGAUUCGACUAGACCAGUUGCUGAGGCUGUCGGUCGCGCCUUCCAGAGGUUCUAUCAAAAGUUCAUCGAGACUGCUUAUCCAGUUGAAGAUAUUUACAUUGAGUAAACAAUUAGUGCAAUAAAAUUAUUAUAUUAAUAAUGUAAAUACAAAACGCUGUGUCAUCAAUAAACAGAAAUCUACUUUUAUUUCUAAA